UUAUAUCUCAUUAUUCAUUUAGCACUAUGUCUAACCUUACUGUUAUUCCUAUAUAAUUUAAAUAGAAGAGUUAUUAGAUGAUUGCAGAUUCCAUUUGAUUGUGAGUACAAAUUUUCGUACUGUUAUAAAUGAUCAAAACUCUUACUCUUUCGCGAAAGAAAAGAUGAUAUUCGGGCAAGUGGCGUCAGCCUGUUGGUCAGUUCGAGACAGUCCGAUUCUGGGUUAAUGGGUCAUUAAUGGUUUUGAGCUAUUCUUACAGAUUGAAGCAUUGAAAUUUAUGCUUAGACCUUUUUGGAGCUCAUGAAUGCAACAAUCUUCACGUAUUUUGUUUUUCCCAAUGUCUUACCAUGAAGCAGGUAUUUUCCCUUACGGAUUACAAUGGAACCCAAUUUGUGACUACCUGUAAAGAAAGACCACCUGUCUAAACAGGCCGUUCUGAAAAGUGUUCCCCUCUGAAAUGCACAAAAGCUACAUCUGCAUGUGCAUAUAGAUCACCUGCUUUUAUACAGACCACAUUUCUUGUCACCCUUGAGUAAUCUUUAUUUACAGAUGUAAUACUUAUAAAAGAAAUAUUAUCCUGCUGUCCCUCAUUCUAACGCUCUGUAAAGUUUGCUACGACGAUGUGGGUUGCUUUAGUCGAGUCUUUUUUACUUGCCAUCAUCGACACCCGGAUUCGCCGGCCAAGAUCGGCACGACGUUCACUCUCUUCACCCGCUCGACCGCCGGCGACGUCGGAGUUGGAGAGUCGAUGGACAGGAAAAUUCCGUCAACGAUUACGACGUCGAAGUUCGAUGCGAGGAGGGGUACGAAGAUUCUGAUACACGGCUGGAAGGGAAGUAUGGAGGGAUACAGGUGGACUGGUAUGAGGGACGCUCUGCUAUUGAGGGAAGACGUCAACGUGAUCAUGGUCGACUGGUCUUUGGGUGCUCGAAGACAAUACCCGACGUCGAGGGCCAACUCUCGCGUGGUCGGUCGCCAGGUCGCCAGGUUAAUCGAAGCCCUCAAUGUACACGGCGGGGCUCUUUAUAUCGACGUCCAUAUCAUUGGGCACAGCUUGGGCGCCCACAUUGGGGGCUACGCAGGGUCAUCCACCCAUGAAAUGAUCGGAAGAAUAUCAGGUUUGGACCCUGCAGGCCCAGGGUUUGGCGGGAAACGGGUGAGGAACUUCUGUCGUCUGGACAAAUCCGAUGCAACUUUUGUUGACGUCAUACACACGGACGGUGAACUGAUCGCAAUGGGAGGGCUUGGGCUCAUGGAUGAGCUUGGCCACCAAGAUUUCUACCCCAACGGAGGGACGGACAUGCCCAAUUGCUACUUCAGCAUCAUCUGCGACCAUAUGAAAGCCAUUGCAUACUACACCGAGAGCAUCUCCAAAAGUACCCCAUGCCGCUUUAGGCCCACCACGUGGGCACCUAAAUGGGACAACUACAAGAAGGGAAUACAAACCCGGGACUGUAGGAACAUGGUUUGCCCCGAUAUGGGUUACACUGCAAGUCCCAUUCAUGACGAAGGCGUGUUUUAUCUCAAAACAAAUAAAUAUUAUCCCUUCUGUCAAGGGUGAUAGGCGAUUUCAGGAAAAUGACCACAAAAUGGAAAUACGAAAGAAACAUCAAAACACUUAUGUACACUUUGUUUAAACGUUGUGAUGAAGAUCUGGGCCCUGUAUUAUAAAGAGUUGAUAUCAAUCGCAAAUUAUUUGCGAUUGAUAUCAAUCGCAGCUAUGUACACAAGAGAUAGGAGACUGCAAACUUGCGAUUGAUCGGAGGACUUACGAUUGAUUUGGAUCAAUCGCAACUCUUUGUAAGACGGUGCCCUGUAGAUGCCUACUAUUAAAUGAUAACAGAUACAUUAUGUACAUAUUAAAGUUAUUCCUACUUCUUUUCACCUUCGAAUGUAUCCUCUGUCUCGCUCCGUCAUUAUUAUCUGAACUCCUGGGACCCGUUUCACAAAGCCUUUUUUCAAUGACAAAUGACAAAAAUCAGUGACAAAUCUGUUAAUAGCCAAUCAGAAGCAAGGAUUUCAGUA